AUGAAGAGGAAGCGAACCUCUUCCUCCGUUGGUGCUUCCUUCACAACUCCCAGCGACACGGACGCCAACGGAGGGCGGCCACCACCAGAAGCAGCAGCAGCAACAGAGAACUCUAGGGUUUGUUCAUCCUAACUCGAAGAGUUUGGGACUUUUCUUAUUCCACUGAUGCCCUAAAAAUGGGAUUUUUAGGGUUGAUUUAGAGCUGUGAUUUUGAGAUGGAAGAGGUGGAGAAAGCUAAUAUAGCUGCUGUGGAGAGUUGCCGCAGAGUCCUGAGCCUCCUCUUCCGGCCUCAAGAUCAAGCCCAGUCUGGAAAUUUGUUGGCUGAGACAGAGGAUGCCAUUGCAGGUUUCAGAAAGGUAGUUUCUUUGCUAGAUAGGAGUUCUGGCCAUGGCAGAGUUAGGGUUGCCAACAAAGUCAUAUCCACCUCCAAUCAUAAGCUCCUCUCGGCCCAUCAAUUGUUGUUGCCCAAGUUAGAGCACGGUUCUAACCCACCACAGCUCCUCCAAAGAAACAUUUUAGAGGGAAAAAUUCAUCUCUUGGAUUCAAGUGCCAUGAACAUGUCCCGAAUAUCACAAAGGUGCUUCCUCGAGAACCAAGGACAACAGACCUCGCCUUCGAGUCUUUACCAGUUUCCUCAACGCCAGCCACAAAAUGAUCCAAGGUUUCAGCUUCACGAGAAGAUGAAGCUUCAGGCCCACAUGUUUCAAAGGAAUAAUAGUGUCAUUAACCUCAAAUUUGAGGGUUCUAGUCAGACACCAUCCUCAAGGACGACAUCCUUCUUGUCAUCUGUAAGCAUGGAUCAUAGUGUGGCUAGCUUGGGUGGCAAAUCAUUCCAUCUGAUUGGUGGACCAGCAAUAUCUGACCCAGUGAACCCACACCAUCCUCCCAAGCGGAGGUGUGUAUGUGGAGGGGAAGAUGGAAAUGGCAAAUGUGCCACAAGUGGCCGGUAUCGUUGCUCAAAGAGAAGGAAACUAAGAGUUAAGAGAUCCAUUAGGGUUCCUGCUAUCGGUAUUAAGCUAGCUGAUGUCCCUCCGGAUGAGUAUUCUUGGAGGAAGUACGGGCAAAAGCCAAUCAAGGGUUCCCCCCAUCCUAGGGGUUACUACAAAUGCAGCAGUACAAGAGGCUGCCCUGCCAGGAAACAUGUGGAAAGGUGCUUGGAAGACCCUUCGAUGCUCAUUGUCACCUACGAAGGCGAGCACGACCAUGCCCGGUUGCAUACUCAGUCUCCCCAGAUGUAACAAUUUCAAAAGGUUUCAUCAUUCACAUCUCCCUCUGGACAUUUUCCGUAUUGCCUUCCUCUUUGGGUCAUCACACCACCACCGAUUGAGGGUUGGAACAUGAGCUGCUCCAAGUUCCAGCAUCUUCUUCCUCGCUUGAGUGCCAAUGUAUAAAUGUGAAACAAUGGUUCAGAAUUUGGAAAUAGAACUGAUGUCUUGAAAGCAAAACUUGUGAAGUCAACAAUGGAGAACUAGUCAGCCAAUGGAGUUGUGGGUCUGCAUUCCACUUUAUUUAGGUAAGAGUUUCCACUUUGUUUGCAAUUUCGGUCAGUCCACUCACGUCGUCCACCAGAAGUGUGAUAGAGCAAACACAAAGGCCAUGUCUCCAUGAACCUCUUCCAAUGUCGAAGCUAGGAUGUUCUAUGCCAAUCGAUCCCACAUUGACAAGUGUAACGGAUGCUAAGUGACUGAUCAGACUGCAAUCAAACAGGUUCUACUUCAAUUCAAGAUAGUAUUAGUAAACUUAUGCUUGUUCCAAUUAGUCAUAAUGGAUGUUAGAGGCUUGUUUAAUCGCCUUACCGCACCUUUACUCGUGAAAGAAUAAGGUCAUGGUUGAUUGCAUCAUCA